AUGGUAAAAGCAACGCAACAUCGAUUCACAAACGAUGAAAGACGAGUUUUCAAACAAAAAACAGGUGUCCAAAUAUCUCAAAAACUAAGACCAUAUAUCCAAGGUCAAAAAUUAGCCCCAGAACAAAUUGAGUUCAUUAAAUUGGUGUGUGGAAAGUAUGGAGAUAAACCAAAGGUCUUGCAACAAAUUUUACCUUUCGCACCUUCAACGAUUUACAAAUAUUGCAAUGAAAUACAAAAAGAAAAAGCUCUCGGAAGGCCUCCACAUUCAGGUAAAUCAACCCACCUCUCUGUGUUAAGAUUUAUUGAUAUCAUAUUCAGUGAAUAUAAUACUGUUAAUUAUGCAGAAGUACGUCAAAUAGUUAAAGAUUAUCUUGAUGUUUCAAUUUCCGUAUCUCAGCUCUCCAAAAUAACGACAAAAUAUUUGUUCAGGACAUAUAAGAAAUGUGAAAAAGUAUCAGUAUAUCGAAAAAGCCCAAGAGUACAAUCUCAAAGAACUGUGUACAGGCGAACUAUUCGAACCUACAAAACAAGAAUCAUGUUUUUUAUUGACGAAUCGCAUUUCUGUUAUGACCAUUUGAUUAGAACAAGGGCUCACAUCAAAAUUGGCAACACUUGUCAAAACAGUGCGCACAGAGUGAGUGGAAAACGUUUUUCAUUAUUGGCAUGCAUUAACGAGAGAGGAGGUUUGGUUUACUGGGAACUUGUCGAUACAACUAACAAAGCAAUUGAUGCUGAUCGAUUUAAUAUAUUUCUGACAACAUUGAGCAAAUUGAUCCCAAAAGAUUGUAUUUUAGUUCUUGACAACGCAUCCAUUCAUAAGGAAAAAGAAGUUCAUAGUAUAAUGAAUGGCCAAGGUAUUAGUGUGUUUUGGCAAAGCCCAUACUCUCCUGACUUCAAUCCCAUUGAAUUGCUUUUCGGAUGGAUGAAAACACAGUUGAAAAACUAUGAACAUUCGGUUGACUCUCUCGAAGAGAUAAUGGAGCAGGUGUUUGAUCAAGUUACACCCAAGUUAAUCAAAUCGUUUGUUCAUCAUUGCAAGGAAAUCUGGCAUGAUGAGACAAAAACUUAA